UUUUUUUUAAUUGUAUGUAAUAUGUCAUAUACCCUUUUUUUAUAUAUAUUUUUUUAUUUUAAGCCGCCUAUAGUUUAGCAAUGAUUAGUGAAAAUACAAUUGAAGAAUAUGUUCGAAGGACCUUUACAAAAUAUAUAGAAGGGAAUGGCAACUCUUUAAAUGCUUCACCUGCCUUUCCUAUUCUAGUUAACAUCAUUUCUGCAAAUUUUAUAGAGGAGGAAUACAAUAACUACAAAUUUUGUUUCAUCGGAGAAGCAGCAGCAGCUUUUGUUGUUCGCAGUAUAUUAGCUAAGCAUUUCGCCUCUCAUAAUGAUACUUUUCUCAAUUCACUUGCAAAAAGGUUUUCAAACUUACUUCAGGUGCAUAAACAUUUUGGCCAAGAAAUUUACCUUUUUGCUUAUAUUUCCAAACAAAACUAUUCAAAUAUAAUAAAUAACAUCAUAGGAGUUUUAUACACUUAUUUUGGAAUGCCAACAAUAGAAAAAUUAUUAGAAAAAACAGUAAUUCACCUUACUAAUUUUUACCUCAAUGUGGCAAUAAAAACUAGCAUUGAACAUCCUACUUACGCGUUAAAUCAUUUAAUUCAAUCUAAAGAAGGAUCACUGAAUAUGGAAAGCGAGCAAACAAUUGAUUCUCUGUGGAAAAUAACGUUAACAUGUCAAUUGACAAAAAAUGGAAUAGCCUUUAGCCAUACACGUAUUGCAAUAAGUAAACAAAAGGCAAGAAUGGUAGCCUCGAAGGAUAUUUUAAUAUUUCUAGAAAAGCAUCCAGAAUAUUUUGAGCAACUUAAAGUACCUGCUAAUUAUCAACAAGAAGCUCAUGUUUUACCUAUUGAUCCUUCUGAUUAUUAUAAUUCAACACCUUCAACUCCUCCAUCAUCUGUUAGUAAGGGCAUUAAAAAAGAACUUACACCGGUAGAUUGGACAGUGAAUUCAAACUCAAAUACGAUUCACAUCUCUGCUUUAGAUAACGAUGAUGAUGAUGCUAUUCGUCGCUUAUCUAACCUAUUACUGGGGACAGGCAUGGACGUUGAUAUGGAAGGUAAUCAACGAACUAAAAAAAGACCACGAAAGGGCAUUUUUGAUUUAACAGAAUCAAUAGCACAACCGGUUAGUUCGGUUGAUCAAAGAAUGAUAAAACAGGAAUAUCAGUUCCAAACACCAGUAAAGACAGAAAAUGUGGAUGUAGAAGAUGUAAAAAGCUCCAUCUUAGCUGCUAUUCAAGAACCUACGACUAGCAUUACACCACCACAACAACCACCUAUGUCAUGCACAUAUAAUACUUCCUUUCCACAUGGUCCUGUUAACCCUAAUAUUAGGCAAAUCAAGGAAGAAGAAUUUAGCUAUGAGACUAAAGUGAUUCGAUUCUUCUCAUCUAUUUUUUCUGAACAUCAUAAGCUUUUGAGAAAUACGUUAGAUCAACCUGGCCAGUCUAAAAGUGUAUUCUUAUCACUUGUUAAAUUACAUGAGGCUGAAGUUCAAGUCGAUAUCACUGUACAAAAGGGUGGGAUGCCUCAUAAUCCUGUCUUUCAAGCCGAAGUUGUUUUAAUUUUCAUACCGAAUCCCAAAUUCUUUUUAAGAACAGAAGGUGUGGCACAAAAAAGAAAGAAGCUGAACAAAUUGCUUUUUAUAGGCUAAUUGGAUUAUUAGCAAAAAAUCCACCCAAUUAAAAAUGUAUAUAAUGCUAUCGUUAAUUUUCCCUAAAUAAAUAAAUAAAUAAAUAAUAAAAUUUUGCAAUAUAUUAUAA